AAAAUUGAUUGAUUUGGAACUGACCCUUGUAAGCCUUGUUUGAAUUUUGCUCAAGAAGAUCUUUCGGUACCAGGUUGCAUUAAUCUUUACAAUAAUGGCAGCGAAUUCGAGUGUAUCGAAACAUUUAGAGUUUUUUUCACUGAUUGGACAACUAAAGAGAGUAAGAAGAACAGGAUGGGUGAGAAAACAUGUCACUGAUCCAGAAAGUGUUGCCGAUCACAUGUAUAGAAUGGCAGUCAUGGCAUUUCUAGUUAAACCUGAUUCAGGAUUAGAUAAAGAUAAGUGUAUAAAGCUGUGUUUAGUACAUGAUAUGGCUGAAUGUAUAGUAGGAGAUAUAACACCUUUUGAUGGCGUGGCUAAACAAGAUAAACAUAAACGAGAGGAGACAGCAGUAAAGUAUAUAUGUAGUUUAGUUGACAGUUCUGUAGGAUCAGAAAUCUACGACCUUUGGCAGGAAUAUGAAACUAUGUCUAGUAAAGAAGCCAUGUUUGUUAAAGAUUUAGAUAAAUUUGAUAUGAUUCAACAGGCGCAUGAAUACGAACAACUAGACGGCAAAAGUUUACAGGAAUUCUUCGACUCUACAGAAGGUCAGUUUAACACGGAUCAAGUUAAAUCUUGGGUGGAAGAUUUACAACAAGUUAGAAAUAAUCCAACCAAUAAAGACUCAGGAUAAUAUUUACUGCAGAUUUAUAUUUUAUUCAUUCCACGUCUGCUGUCAAACCCACUGAUAUAAAAUGGAGACUGUCAGGUGCCAACAUAUAUGGUCACAAAUUAUUUAUGGGAGGGAGAUGGUAAUGGGUUUUUUGUUUGUUUUUGUUUUGUUUCAUUGGUAUUAGUGUUGGGUAUUGCGACUCCAAUCAUGAUACCAUAUGUAUUGCGAUUCAGGUACUACAAUACGAUUCGUAUGACAAUUCAUAACCAGAUCAAUAUUAAUUACAAAGAAAACAACAGGACUGCAGGAAUUUUUAUUCCUGCCGAUAUCGAAGAAAUAAAACUGUUUUAUAUCACAAUAUUGAUAUGGAUCAAAAAAAGGACCCAAACAAUUUAAAAUAAUUGUUUACCUAUGGAUAAUGUUUGACUUGGAUAAUUCAAUCUGAUUAAAACACAGAUCCAAUUGCGUUUCGUUUUUAUAAUUCAAAAUUUCGUUUUACUUGUCUUUACUACACUUGGAUCUGGAAGCGUUGUUAUCAUUGACGUGUUCUGCUUGAAAUGAGGGGUCAGCCAAUCAAAUGGUCUGUCGAAUCAAGCGUUUGACCUUUUUUGCGCGGAACUGUGGGUAGACAUUAGCGGCAACAGAAAUCAAAACAAAGCAAAAGUAGAUAAAAAUACAUGUCGGUCGCUAAUUGGUUAAUCGAAUGACUGAAGUAAUCUGGUCAAAUGUCGCUUGCUUGGUACCUGAUGUCAUAGAAUGUGAACUCCCACUAUAACUUGUUAGAUCUACAUGUAGUGUAGGCCAUCGAAAGUAUAAAAAACGAAACGAAAUAUAGAUCUAUAUUUUAAUUAGAUUGUGGAUAAUUAAGAGUGACAGACUAGAUACUGAAGUGACAAAAAAAAAACAUAAAAAAAUAAUCGUAAAAAAUUGUGCGUCGUGACACAGUGAAUCGCGAUAUAUCGAUUCAACGAUAUAUCGUGCAACUUUUAGUUGGUUUGCCACAAAAUCCAGUGACAAUGCCAGGAUUUUCCAGUAGGGGGUGGGAGGAAUAAUGAUUUCGGUUAUACCUGACAAAAUGUCACCCAUUUUUUAACUAGUACCAGACAUUUUGAACUUUGUGUCAGACAAGAGGGAUUCUAUGUGGCAGACAAGAGGGAGUCUUCCCGACUUUGUGCCAGACCCUAUACAUCAAAUUAUAAAUUUUCAAGUCUGGACGUCUGUCCGUUCCCGUUUUGUUCGUGGAUCCUGUAGAGGUCACAAUUUUUAUCCGAUUUUGAUGAAACUUAAAAUAUAUGUUUACAUCCCAAAGUUCUUGGUUCGUUUCAAUAUCUGACAGUAACUUCCUGGAUUAUACCCCCUGAUUGUACAAAAAAAUCACGUUUUUACCUUGUGGAUCCACUAGAGGUCACAAUUUUUACCCGAUUUUGAUGAAACUUAAAAUAUAUAUUUAUAUUCCAAAGACCUUGGUUCCUUUUGAUAUUGCCGCAUGUCGGACCGUAACAUACUGGAUUAUGGCCCCUGAUUGUCCAUCUCUUGCAAAAUGUGGGUGUAUCUUACAUGGCAACUGCUUGUUGUAUUUAUUUUGGUGCAUUUCAGAUUUCUAGAUAGAAAUUGUAAAUUAAUACAUUAAAUAUUUCCUGUUGGAGAUGAAAAAACUGAUUUAUUUCAUUACAUUUAAGGAUACAUUAUGGGAGAUUAGAUAAAGAGCUGUUAGUUCUCACUAUAAUAGUUAAAAACUAGAUAAUGUAAAGACAAUUAAUCCACAAUGAACCAAGUAUUUAGCAAUUGAAUUUUGGUCUUAGCCUCGAUUAUCAUUACUAAAGUCAUGAUAAAAAAAACAACAUAGUCUCGAUUAUCCAAUUUUUGAUUUAAUCAGAAGCAGCAGACCAGGUUCUAAUCCAGUAAAUGUCGCAGGCUAGCGAUGCCAUCGAGAGUUGAUUAUGGUCUGGAUAAGUUAAUUAAUGUCUAAUUAAUAAUUUAGAUAACAUUUCAGGCCUAAUGAAAGACCUACAAUUGGCAGGUUUAGCUGUUGCAUAACCGACAUUGUUUAACCGACAUUGAAUACAGAAAACCGAACACUUAUUCAAAUGCUAAUGUUCUGUUUUUGUGAGCACUUGUAUUAAAAACUGCAGAGGGAUUUUAAAACCCUUGCAAAGUACAUUAUUGUGAAAGAUAAUCUCCCAACUUAGAGGUCAUUUAAAUAAUUGUACCCAACACUCAUAUGUCUGCAAAAAAUGCCAAAUGUUCCAAAAUUUUGAAUUUACCACAUCAUUUUAAAGUAGCUAAGUCUCUAAUUCAAUAUCAUCCAGAAUCUUCAACAGUGAAAACACAAAUAAUUUGUCAAUUCAAAUCAACAUUGAUGUUGUGAUCUUAGCGGGAAAAGGUGGGCUUCUGAUAUCCAAUAUUUAAGACAAAAUAAACAUUUUACCAUUGGUACAUGAAUCAAGUACCAUAAUGUGUUUCAGCGUCAUUUGUAACAAGUGACCAGAAAGAACGAGGCUAGACAUACAGUAUUCCACAACUCCUGUCAAACGGUGACGCCAUAUCUUAUCCAGAGAGCAUUUGCAAUAAACUGGAUUAACCAGAUGCUAGAAAAUGCCAUUCGGUCGAGACUCAUGCCAUAUUUCGCUGGACAUAACAGAAACAAUUGAAUGUAAAUCAGUUUAUAUACAAUCAGAUUACAUUAUUAUAUGCAUUGCGACCCAUUAGGGCCAAUUUCUAGGUCCCAAAUAUUAGCGAUUUAGCUCCUUUAAAUACUGAAUUUAUUUAUUUUUGUACUGACACUAAAUACACACAAGUAAAUGUGCCUCACUAGGUUUACAGAUCUCAUCUGGUCAGACCCAGAGACAUAUAAAGAGAGUCUAGCUAAAUGUGGCCAUCGUCGCCAUUUUGUUAGGUAAUUUUUAAGUUUUAUAGAUUAACAGAACAGAAAAAAAAAUAAAAUAAUGAAUGUUAUAGAGCAGUGGUUCUCAAUCUUUUUUGCCAACGGCACACCUUGGAACACAUGACAAAAUAGCGGCACACCUGGCCUAAAUAUAUAUGAAAAAUAUUUAAAUAUUACAAAAUAAAAACAUGGAAGUCAUAGACGGCAUACAACCGUAGACACAGACUAUAUAGAAUGACUCAAAUUAAAUAAAGAAAAACACAGCUAUGAACUUACUUUAUUGCAGUGUUUCGAAUUUCAUCAGUCAAAUAGCUGGCUUCUUUAGUGAGAAAUUUUCUUAAGUGUGCCGUUCAAAAUUUCGCGGCACACUGGUUGAGAAUCACUGAUAUAGAGGGUCAGAGACAAUCUCCCAAGCCGAGUUGUCUUCCCCUGCAGUUGACACUGAUGCUGGGUAGUGACGUGUGUGGAAAAUUGGUCAGAGGUAGAAAUGGUGUAAGAAUCUGCAUAGCUCCAAGAUCAGACCAAAAAGCCAUUUUGUUAGCCAACCACAAUUGAGACAUUAGUAGGCCUGCUUCAAUCCAAUUGAAAACUUCAUUUUCAUAUGGCUCUAGUCAGACCCAGGGAGAGAAAGAGAAAUUGGUUUUAACUCCACUGGGUAAAAACUAGGGCAUUUCGGGACUAACAUAAGGUUCAGUUUUGUUUCAAUAAUUCGCUUGCGCGUAGGGGUCUUUAGCAUUGGGAAGAAACCAAAAGACCCGUAGAAAACCAACGAGGUGGGACAGGCAACCCUACUCGUCACGUAUAACCAGGGAAUCGAAUCCAGAACAGUUGACUCAACGCACACGUUCUAACCACGUACUAACCAUUCGGCCAUCCAACACCACAAUUUUAAUUUUUAUGGAAACGCUGUGCUUAUAUAAUAAAACUAGUGAUUGUUUCCCAUAAAAAUUGUGUUUUUUUCAAUUGCCACUUUGAGACAAAGUUAACUAUUAUUGAUAAACAACAGCUAAAAUCAAUGUUUUCCUCUUUUUUUUUAUUAUCUUUUUAUAUUACACAAUAUAUCACAGUGGUAUAAUUCACUUCAUCUUUUUAUUAUUAACAAUUCUAUCAGUCAUAAAUUAUUUAGCUUUGUGUGUCUUAAACUCUGCAUACCAUAAACUGUUUAGCUUUUGUGUUUUAUACCUUCAAACCAUAACAAGCGAGGAUCUGGGGUUCUGUCAGGGUGGAUAAGAUAACAAA